AUGUUUAGUUUUUCAGAUACUAGAAGAUGUGUUUGGGUUAAUGGCCCUGUAAUUGUUGGGGCAGGACCUUCAGGUUUGGCUGUGGCAGCUGGCCUUGGAGAACAGGGUGUGCCAUUUCUGAUUCUUGAAAGAGCUGAUUGCAUUGCUUCUCUGUGGCAAAAACGUGCUUAUGAUCGCCUUAAACUUCAUCUCCCCAAACAAUUCUGCCAAUUGCCUAAGUUCCCAUUUCCUGAUCAUUAUCCUGAGUAUCCCAACAAGAAGCAAUUCAUUGAAUACUUGGAAUCAUAUGCCAGGCAUUUUGAUAUCAACCCACAGUUUAAUGAAACUGUGGAGUGUGCUAAGUACGAUGAGGCUUGUAAAUUGUGGAGAGUUAAGACUGUUUCUCCAAGUGGGUGUGAGGUUGAGUACAUUUGCCAAUGGCUGGUGGUGGCAACUGGGGAGAAUGCCGAACGAGUAGUUCCUGAAAUUGAAGGAUUGCAGAACUUUGGAGGGGAAGUAAUUCAUGCCUGUGAUUACAAAUCUGGUGAAAAUUUCAGAGGGAAGAGAGUUGUUGUCGUGGGAUGUGGAAAUUCAGGCAUGGAAGUGUCUCUUGAUCUUUGCAACCAUGGUGCUAAACCUUCAAUCGUUGUUCGAAGCUCGGUUCAUAUAUUGCCAAGAGAAGUAUUUGGGAAAUCAACAUUUGAACUGGCAAUGUUUAUGCUAAAAUGGCUACCACUUUGGCUUGUUGACAAGAUUUUGCUAGUUUUGGCAUGGACGAUUCUUGGAAACAUUGAGAAAUGCAGGCUAAAACGCCCGUCUGUCGGUCCAUUGGAGUUAAAGAACACACUGGGAAAAACUCCUGUUCUAGACAUAGGUGCACUCGGAAAAAUCAAAUCCAGGGAAAUCAAAGUAGUCCCUGGAAUCAAGAAGUUCUCAAGUGGAAUGGUUGAGUUUGUUAAUGGCGAAAAGCUCGAAAUUGACGCAGUUGUUAUGGCUACUGGAUAUCGCAGCAAUGUUCCAUAUUGGCUACAGGAAAGUGAAUUCUUCUCCAAGAAUGGAUUCCCAAAGGCACCAUUUCCUAAUGGAUGGAAAGGAAAAGAAGGAUUAUAUGCAGCCGGAUUUACAAGGAGAGGGCUAUCUGGUGCAUCUGCUGAUGCAAUGAAAAUAGCACAAGACAUUGGCAAAGUUUGGAAAGAAGAUUUGAAUCAGAAAAAACAAAAAGUCCUUACUCAUAGAAGAAGCAUUUCAACAUUUUGA